AUGUUCGAUGAUAUGUUUGAUGAUUUCCAAACCCGUCCCUCUCUACGGAUUCCUCCCCUACAAGACCCUUUCCCCCCACUCUCGAUUAUUUCGCGAAGACCUUCUCCGUUGGAGCCUAAUGCGCGCGUCAACAUCGAUAACGAAGCGAACAAGCUCACUGGUAGACAAAGAGCACUUGCGCAAGCGAAACCUCUGGGGGCGCCGGAACACAAUGAGCUCGAAGCAUCCAUCACAGCCAAGCCUGCUGCACUCCCUGAAGCACAAGAGACGGAGCAUCCGAAAGAGCGGCCCCGGAAGAAACAGAAGCUCUACGACCAUGAACAAAUUGCCGACUUCGUUCAGCUGCCUCGACCUCAGACAAAAUUGAGAGAAGAUAAACCGCGUCCGUUCCAGCCGAUCUCGGUCCUCAACGAGCUGCAUGAACCACCUCCAAGUGCAGCACUCUUCCCUCCAAUAACGCCAAAUGCAGUUCAAGAAGAGCAUGAUAAAUAUCAUUCUGGUGCUGGGCAACCUCCAAACCAGACCAAAGAUCCCGGGCGUCCACCUGCUAGAAAGAGGAAGCCAAGGGUGCGCUCUACUGGCAGUUGUACUGCCAAAAGAAUCUAUACUCGAGAACGGACAGCGUGGACGGAAGAAGAGACUGACCAAUUGGUCAAAGGUGUCGCAAUCUAUGGGAUGGGAAGAUGGAAAAGUAUCCUUAACCACCCGGAAUUGCAUUUCCGUGAAGGCAGGACAAACAUGGAUCUCAAGGAUCGGUUCCGCGUCGUGUUCCCCCCGAACGCACGGCACAAGUGGACUAGAGCAAUGCCAGAGCCUCCAGACGACGACCAAGAAGCACCCUCUGGCUACAAAUUUGCGACCAAAGGGACUGCGAAGAAGUCUCCACUAAGAGCUCCAAAACGUCUCUGGACAGAGCAGGAAGAUACCGAGCUUGAAAAAGGCUUCCAAUUGUAUGGAUUUCAAUGGAAUCUCAUGCUCAAGGAUCCCGCAUUGAAUUUCGACCAAAGAUCAUGUGGCCAGAUACGGGAUCGGUUCCGCCUGCGAUUCCCUGGCCUGUAUAAGCAGCAGGAUUCAACAGCCUCACCCAAGGAAAACCAAACAUCUCCGAAUAAAAAAAAGCAUGCAAAGAGCUCAACAGGGACAAGGAAGACGGUGGAUGAUCCGAAUGAGCCAGCGAAUGAGGAAAGCGAUGGGGGCGCGCGAGAUAAGACAGGCUCUAAAACCGUACCAGCUUCCCAUACAGAAGAGGAAGACCAUAGACUCUCGAAUUCGAUUUUACACAAUGACUGGGAUUGGGAUGAGAAUCUCACUUUGGCUCCUUUGGCGUGGGAGGAUAUGGCUACGAGGCCCAUGUUUCCAUUCGAUUGA